GGAGAGAAUAAUAUAUUAAGGCAGAUAAGCAGAAGUGACUGAUGCACUCUCAAAGCAGCUGGACUGCAGAAGGAUUACAGCAGGAGCAGAAGAGCAGACACAUAGCCAAUAAGGUAAGAGUAGACUGUGCAUAGCAAGGGAGACAGCGUCCAGUGAGCAACAGUGUUCGGGGAGGAUUUCGGAUACAGAAAAGAACAGACUCAACAGGGAAAACAGGAAAAUGUCAAACAGCGUUUACAAGAAGAACAGUAGAAAUGGCUUGAUUUGUAUUUACUUGGGAAAGAGAGACUUUGUGGACCAUGUGGACCAUGUUGAUAUUGUGGACGGGGUGAUCAAGGUGGACACUUCAGAACUGGAUGGAAGAAAAGUGUUUGUGCAGCUGGCUUGUUUCUUCCACUAUGGGAAGGAAGAUUUGGAUGUGAUCAGUUUGUCCUUCAGAAAAGACAUUUGGAUCCAGCAUAUUCAAAUUUAUCCUCCACCUGCUGAUGACAAACCGGUUAUCACACCCAUGCAGGAUGUCCUCAUGAAGAAAGCAGGGGAAGGAUCACACCCCUUCACUUUUAAUAUUCCACCAAACCUGCCAUGCUCUGUAUCUUUUCUCCCAGCGCCAUGGGACAAAGGCAAGGCUUGUGGUGUUGACUUUAAAAUAAAAGCCUACAUUGCCAACAUGGCCGAUGAUCCAGAUGAGAAAAUUGACAAAAAAGAAACUUGUCAAUUGAUCAUUCGCAAAAUCCAGUUUGCACCAGACAUGUUGCUACCUGGGCCUGAGGUCAAUAUCUGCAAGCAAUUCAUGUUUUCAGGAAAGAUGAUUCACCUGGAGGCCUCCUUACAGAAGGAGGUUUACUAUCAUGGGGAUCCAAUCCGGGUCAGAGUGAAAAUAACCAACCAGACCAAAAAAGUGGUGAAAAAAAUCAAAAUUUCCAUUGACCAGACAGUAGAUGUUGUGCUCUACUCAACUGACAAAUACACCAAAGUUGUUCUCUGUGAGGAAUUUCGGGAUCAAGUAAAUAGCCAAACAACAUUUGAGAAGGAUUACAUAGUCACACCUCUCCUGGCCAACAACAAAGAGAAAUAUGGUCUGGCAUUGGACAGCAGGCUAAAAGACGAAGACACAAACCUUGCAUCAUCCACAAUUCUCCAAACUGGUACGUACAAAGAUGUACAGAGCAUUCUGGUGUCUUACAAAAUCAAAGUCAACCUCAUGGUGGUCGGUGCUGGUGUCUUGGGAAGCCUUAUAUCCAGUUAUGUUACUGCUGAAAUACCUCUGAUCUUGAUGUCACCAAAGCCAACAGGUGAUGUUAUAUUAGAUAUUAGAUGUAGAUCAAGUGUAUCAUGCAUAGGACCUUUCUAUAGCUAUAUGACUAUUGAUAAGUUACUAAUAAUUUACUAAUGUAUACACCUUUCUUUUCCUGCAUGCAUUUCAAUUUCAACAGACAUGUAAGUGGAAAUCUUACAUCUCAGCUACAGUAUAAAGCACAUUUUUAUCUUUUUGUGAUACCUAUUGUUAUGUUUUCUCAAAGUUGAUAUGGUUUCUUUCACUUAGAAUUAAUGUUCAGUUAUGUAGUGUAUU